UCAACGUUAAUGUAGAGAAGCAUGUCCUCACUUUACCUAUACGAGGCUUUGUCAACACAGAGAUGAACAUAUUGGAUGUUGUGUUUUAUCCUCCUUCACCACCAGCUACUCCACCAACAGAAUUUAAGGUAAAUUGAUUAUUGAUUUUUGAAAUAAAUUCUUUAGUUUGAUCACAAUUAUAUUACGAUUCAUUCAUUGUCGCUUAAUUACUUAAUUUUCUUUUUUGUGGCAUGGGUUGCACUCAUUGAGUCAUUAGUAGGUCUUCUUCACACUGAGUCUGAAGGACAGAUCUUCGUCUUUUUAAUUGAAUGGUUUAGGCAUGGGGUGAGGCCAAUGGGCGUUGUCAUUCAGUAAUGAGAAGAAAAAUCAAUCUUGAAUUUACUUGUAAAUUAUAUUUAAAACAAAAUUUGACCUACUUCCAAUACUCCCCCCACCCCCACCACAUACACUUUUUAAAUGACGCACACCAAUUCACAGCCUACUUUAGUACUAGUAGACUACUACUGGUGAGCAUAAGAUUGCCACUCACUCACUUAGUAAUGAUCAUGUGUUACAAUUCUUUGUGUUGUAAUUUUGGUUGUAGAGUAAAUUAAUUAAUUAUAUUUAUUCUCAAAAUUUAUAAGGUUUAUUCUCCAUAGGACUUUGCUUACUACUUUUAAAAAAAACUUAAAUAAUUUGUUGACAUGCAAAGAAGGAGUGAUCUGACUUAAUUUAUGCAUUGGCCACCCAAAGGACAAAAAGGGAUAAUUAAAUAUCGUUAUAAGUUAUGUGCCCUCAAAUAACAAAAAAAAAAAAAAAAAAAAAAAAAAAAAAAAAAAACAAAAAAAAAAACAAAAAAUCCCCCCCUCUUCCUUUUCCCCGUUGUGACUCAACCAAAGUUUGAUAUGAGUGAUAGAGUGACAAAAGUAGAUUUCUUUUAUUUUUUUGAUGGUCUCAUACUUAUAGAAAAUAAACUUUGUUAACUAGCAACAUGCACACACCAACCCAAAGCCUUUUUAUCCAUUUCAAAACCCUUACUUGCCUUAACUAAGGUAUUCGAACAAACUUUUUUUUUUUUUUGGGGGGUGUCAGUUUUGCACAGUCACAACUUAGAACUGUCUAUGUUGAUAGAACUUUCUAAGUUGAUUACCUGUUCAAAGGGAAUUCUCAUUUCCCCAACAAAAUGAAAAGUGAAAACUAUGGGUAUUUAUAAGUAAAUUAAACAGCCCCUGAAAACAAAAUUAUUUGUAUAAAUCCAUUAUAUGCAUUUUUGUUUGCAGUUAUGUAAUUGUACAUGACCUAUCAUCUUAUGUAAUUGUGCAUGACUUAUCAUGUUAUGUGAUUAUACAUGACCUAUCAUGUUAUGUAAUUGUACAUGACCUAUCAUGUCAUGUGAUUGUACAUGACCUAUCAUGUUAUGUGAUUGUACAUGACCUAUCAUGUUAUGUGAUUGUACAUGACUAUCAGGUUAUGUAAUUGUACAUGACCUAUUAUGUUAUGUGAUUGUACAUAACCUAUCAUGUUAUGUGAUUGUACAUAACCUAUCAUGUUAUGUGAUGUCGUGAUGUACAUGACCUAUCAUGUUAUGUGAUUGUAGCAACUGAUAUUUGGCAUAGGAUGGUUUUUUUAAACUUAGUGCAUGUAAAACUAAUGGACUAAAUAUAAAGUCAAAUAAGUCACAAUUACAAAGCACAUGGCACACAAUUAAUCUCAAACCCAAACAAGCACCCAUUUAACUAAGUAUUAACAUUGGAUAAGAUAGUGAAAAGUGUGUCAUUUCGCCUUCCGAAGAUUUUGACAAAAACGCUAGAAAAAGCGAAGUAAAUAUCAAGGAUUUAAAAAUGUCAGCACUUCCAGGGUUGUAGCUGGCCAGGGGAACGAUAAAAUAAUUUAUUAUUUAGCUUUCACUGUUCCUUAACUUAUAUCGAUUGAUUCAGUGAAUUCUUUCCAAACUUUCACACUUAAUUAUAUUUCAUUAUUAUUUUUCGAAUUUUACCUUUAGAUGUCGUCAUCAAAAGCAGUAUGUUGUUUGGUUGAUAAUGCUAUGGAAAGAGAUGCUGUUGAGUCACUUUUGUCUAUAGCUCAUGGAGUCGACAAGAGAGCACAUGUUUCUGAAACUGAACCUCCUCUCUUACCUCAGAGAACAUUCCCCGCCAAUAACAAUCAAAUUAAAAGGCACAGCACCUUAGAGCAGGUGGGUCAUAUCAGAAUGUAAAAUCUUUCCUCAUUUAAUACUAAAUGUCUUUGGUGCAUGAACUGUUUAUUCUUAUGAACUUUUCUUGUGUUGUUAUGCUUGUGUUCAAAUACUAGUGCAUAUUCAAUUUACAAGUUUGAGUAUUAAAGUGAAUUAUGUUUCUUUUAUGACAGAUCCUGAAAGGAGAGUGUCUGGACAGUUAUAAUCACC